AUGACAGGUUCAGCAGCAUCACAAGGUAUCAAAGAUAGUGUAGCUGGAACAGUUGCUGGCGCUGCAUGUCUAUUCACAGGGCACCCCUUUGACACGCUGAGAGUGCGUCUACAGACAUCGACAACGAAGUUGGGCAUGAUUGAAUGCUUGAAGAACACUGUAGAGAAGGAAGGCGCAUCGGCUUUAUACAAGGGUGUGACGAGCCCUUUGUUUGGAAUGAUGUUUGAGACUGCCGUACUCUUUGUUGGCUACGGACAAAUGAAGAAGUUGCUCCAGAAGGACCCAAACAAGCCUUUGGAGUUGUGGCAAUAUAGUUUAUGUGGUGCGAGUGCUGGCUUUGCCGCGACAUUCGUUCUGACGCCUGUCGAGCUGAUCAAAUGUCGUCUGCAAGUCCAGACGACUGGUCCACCCAAGUACAAAGGCACAUUCGAUUGCUUUGUCAAGGUAUUGAAGGAGGAUGGUGUGACAGGUCUCUACAGAGGUAUCAUUCCAACACUGGCGCGUGAAAUCCCUGGCAACAUGGCAUUCUUUGGUGUAUAUGAAGGUCUCAAACGAUACUUUAGGACCAAAACUGGUCAAGAAGACCUUCCACUUCGUUACCUUAUAUUGUCUGGAGGCAUUGGAGGUAUUGCAUAUUGGAGUAUAUUCUAUCCAGCUGAUGUAGCCAAGUCAAGUAUACAAGUGAGUGAUAAUGGACCAACACCAUCACUGUUGGCAACACUCAAGAAGAUUUAUCAAAAGGAUGGAAUACGUGGACUCUAUCGUGGAUAUGUCUUAACAGUCAUGCGUGCAUUCCCAGCAAAUGCUGCCAUGUUUACAGUGUACGAGAUGACAAUGAAGGCACUGGACAAGGUAAUUCCAUGA